GAUGUAGAAUACUUUGCAAACGUGAUCGCGAAUACCUCGAGAUAAUUUAAAGAUUCUUUCGUGAGCAAAUUUCAUAUCAUAUUCUUCCUUAGAAGGUAAAAUUUCAAAGAUACAUUGUGAGUGAUAACGACAACGUAUUUAUUGCUAAGUUUUAAUCAAUUUUUUUUUUUUUGGUAGCUAGUUUGUUAUCGAUAAUGACGAAUAUAUGUGUCUUGAGUAGGUGCUUGUUCGUUUAAUCUUGAUGAAUAAAAGACGGAAAAUAGCGUGAGAAUUUGAUUGGCUCACGACGUUUUACAUUAAUAUUCGACCUUAAUAAUCGAAGCAUUAAAGGCCGAGUUGAGAAAGACAUGCAUUUCAUUUUUAAUAUAGCUCGUUAGUGCGUACUAUAUUCUCUUUUGAUGUUCUCCAUCCUUGAUUUUCAUUUAAAAUAUAGUCACUUUCGUAACUAUGUUGAAACGAUGUUCACCCUUCAAGUGCACGUAUGCUCAUACUUCAUUUGCACCACGAUCGUGCUGUUCUAAUUGCGUCGGACGAUUGCGAUGCCUAACGAAUAUGUUAGGCGGAGAGAUAAGAAACGGUGGAUUGUCGUAAUUACUCGGUGUCGCGACGAAUAGAAUUUCCUUAGUGCUCUACUUGAAACACUGUGUACGAGUAGUAUCAGACAGAGAAGGAAGGCACUUAGAAUACGUGCUUCUUUCAUUCUUUUCACCGUGACUGGCUUGUCCGACACGAUGGAACUUUGCCAUCAAAGAACACCACUGGAAUCCAAUGAAAAAACUUUGCGGUGAAUGUAACGAGCCGAGCUACGUCGGUAGUUUCAUGCUUUUUUUAUUAUUAUUAUUUGAUUUCUUCGUCAAAUUGCGUCGAUGGACUUAAAAAAGAAAGGAAAUGGAAGACUCUGGUGUAGCUUUUAGAAUCGUUUUUCUUACUAUGAAAAUAGCAUGCAUGUGUAGAUUUCCCGGGAGUAAAGUCAAGGUCUGCUUGAUAACGUCACAUUGAGAAAUGAUAAAGAAAGAUGAAGAGAGAGAGAAAGAGAGAGAAAUAGAAAUCUCUUUCUUAUUUUUAUGUAUUUCCUUUAUUAUUAUCAUCUUUGCUCUUUUCAACCAUUUUGAUUGCAAUCGGCAUUGUGACUCGUGUAGAUCUAUUUUUUUCUCUUUCUCUUUUUUGCGUCAUUGGAUGAGUCAAAAGAAUUUAUUCCACUAACAUUUAUUCUGAAAAUCUUAAAGAAAACUGAAUCACUAGAUGGUAUGACAAACAAAUGCAAUUAUACUCAUUGAUAAGAAUCCUUUGUUUUUUUUGUUCUAGUUAGGAAAAGAGAUAUUCGAGUAAAAGCGAUAAAUUUUCAUAAAUAGAAAUAAUUAUAUUCGAUAGAUGAAAGAUAGUAAACAAAUAUUUUGUGUACGAUACAUUAUGUCGCAUUAGUCGAUCUUGCGUUACCAUAAAUAGGCAGAAAAGAUAGUGAGAAUAGAUAAAUGAACUCGUAUCAGUUAUCAAGUAUCGAAGGAUGCGCGUACCAGUUAAUUUAAUCAAUCUUGCAUCAGUGAUUUCGCCUACGUCUUCAUUCGUCAUCUUUUCUUGGCAACGAAGUCGUCGAUUUGUAUGAUAUAUAACUCACAAUAUUUCAUUAGCGAAGAGAAUAUUUAAUAUCUUUAUUUAAAUACACUUUAUGGUUUUUGUUAAUACUAACUUCUAUUUUUACAUCGAACAUUCUGUUUUCAUCUUAAAACGCGUUAGGAGUUCUUGGACCUCCUUUUAAUAUUAUUAUUGAGUUGUAUGAACGAGUCGAACGACUACUUCCUCGCGCAAAAUCUAAAAAUAUAUACAUCUUACAUUAGUUUAAGAAAUAGGAGAUGUAGUUUUUAUCUACGCCGUGAAAAUACUAUUUCUCAUCUUACAAUUUUGAUAAUUGUGAAAACCUGUUCGUCGAUUGAUGAUAAAUAACGAUACAUUUCUUAUUAAAAUGCAAACACUGGAAUGAAGUGAAUGACGUAGGUAUUAUCGACUUAAUUAAGCAGACUUAAUUAAUGAUUUAACUUUUUUCAAGGUACUUAAAUCGAAACAGUAGGAGGGUGUACGCUUCAUUUUCGUCCCGCAUUUGAAUUGAUAGUACCCGAAGCCUGACUACACGUCCGCAGGAACCUUUAUGAACUCAACGGCGGCUGUGCAUACGCUCAUUAACGAUAUUAACGGAAGACGACUAGCAGACAACGCGUAAUGAUACAUCGACUACGUUAUCGGUAAGAGUCCAGGUGUAACACAAUGGAUCAGCAACAACAGCAAUUGGGUAAGAAACAUCAAGCAACAGCGAAUUCACCGGAGGCGGCUAUAGCUGGCGAUGUCUUCGAUCAAUUCUGCAAUGCCACUACCCUAAAAUCUAUACUCGGCCAUUAUCGAAAUCUUUGCGAGUUGCUCAAGAUCAAGCCGAAUACGAUAAGUCAAUUUUAUCCGAAAUUGAAAUCGAAACUGCGAUCGUGGAAGGCGCAAGCCUUGUGGAAGAAAUUCGAUCAAAGGGCCAAUCACAAGUGCUACAAUCGCGGAAAGGCAUGUCCCAAUACGAGGGUUUUGAUCAUAGGAGGUGGUCCUUGCGGGCUUCGAUCCGCUAUAGAGGCACAGUUGUUAGGUGCAAAGGUCGUGGUCGUUGAGAAAAGAGAUCGAAUGUCUAGAAAUAAUGUUCUACACCUUUGGCCCUUCGUUAUUCAAGAUCUUCGUGGAUUAGGUGCAAAGAAAUUCUUUGGAAAAUUUUGUGCUGGCUCGAUCGAUCAUAUCAGCAUAAGACAGCUGCAGUGCAUCUUACUCAAGGUCGCUCUUAUUCUCGGCGUUGAGUUCCAUGAGAGCGUCAGCUUCGAAUCGUUGAUACCACCACCCGAUAAUCAAGAGGAAGCCAAGAUUGGAUGGAGAGCCAAGACCUCACCUGCCGAUCAUCCUGUAUCGCAAUACGAAUUCGACGUGCUUAUCGGUGCCGAUGGAAAAAGAAAUACUCUUGAAGGUUUUAAACGCAAGGAGUUUCGUGGGAAACUCGCUAUUGCGAUAACAGCUAAUUUCAUAAAUAAGAGAACUGAAGCCGAAGCACGAGUUGAAGAAAUCAGCGGUGUCGCCUUUAUAUUUAAUCAAAAGUUUUUCAAGGAAUUGUAUCAAGAAACGGGUAUCGAUUUAGAGAACAUUGUCUAUUACAAGGACGAUACGCAUUACUUCGUAAUGACCGCCAAGAAACACAGCUUGAUCGAUAAAGGUGUUAUUCUUCAGGAUCAUGCCGAUACUGCUAAGCUCUUGGCUAAGGAAAAUGUAGACCGAGAAGCAUUGAUGUUAUAUGCCAGGGAAGCUGCAGAAUUUUCGACCGAGUAUCAAAUGAUGGACAUGGAAUUCGCCGUUAAUCAUUACGGUCAACCGGACGUGGCCAUGUUCGAUUUUACGUCAAUGUACGCUGCAGAAAACGCAAGCCGUGUUUUAAAUCGUAAUGGACAUAGGUUACUCAUGAUUCUAGUCGGGGACAGUCUUCUUGAGCCAUUUUGGCCAACCGGAUCUGGUUGUGCAAGAGGAUUUCUUAGUUCACUCGAUGCUUGUUGGGCUAUAAAAGGAUGGGGUACUUCCUUGACACCAUUAGAAGUAAUAGCUGAACGAGAAUCGAUAUAUAGACUUCUUGGUCAAACUACUCCAGAGAAUUUAAAUAGGGAUUAUGCCGCAUACACUUUAGAUCCUCAUACAAGGUACCCAAAUUUGAAUUCUCAUUCGGUUACUCCUGCACAAGUGCUAAGUUUGGUCGAUACAGAUGAUCCAGAAAUAAUUAAACAACCAGCCGUACAACCUGAAAUUGACAUACCUAAGAAACGGCGACGUCGUGAUUUUAGAGCAGAUUCUCAAGUGCAUCCGGACGUAUUGCUUCGUUGGUUACAAAAGCAGGUUGCUCUUUAUGAAGGCAUACAUAUAGAAGAUAUGGGUGCUUCUUUUAAAAGUGGUUUAGCUAUCUGUGCCAUUAUACACAGAUAUCGACCUGACUUAAUCGAUUUUUAUAGUUUACAAACAGCGGAAGCAACAACAAAUAAUCAGCUUGCUUUUGAUAUUUUAGAAAAGGAACUAGGCAUACCUCCGAUAAUGACAGGAGAAGAAAUGUCUCAGUGCGAUGUUCCUGAUAAAUUAGCUAUGUUUUCUUAUUUAACUCAAAUAUACGAAACUUUCCGUAGAGAGAUACCACAUAUAAAACAUCCUAAAUUGGAAUUAGACAAUGAAGAAAUAUCAUCGCAUCUAAUACUGAGCCAUUUGACGGCCGAACAGAAAGCACACUUACUUGGACAUAUUGUCAAACAAGAAAGUGCAUCGAGAGCAAGACAUUCGCGUAUACGGCAAUCAACUGAAAAUAUACAGCAGCAUGGAGAUAAAAAAGGUGACACUAUCAGCCGACGGUCUAGGAAAAGACGAAGUAUGGAGAAGAUUGGUGCAACAGUGGAGGAAAGGCUGAAAAGACUCGAUGAAAUAGAAAAGAAUCGUGUCGAACAUAUGAAGAGGCGGCAAUUCUUACGAAAAAUGGCAACACAACAAUUCUACAAAAGUAUGCAGAUGCUGCAAGCAAAUGCAAAACGAGAAAGAGAUGAGCCUUUUGAGGAUUACUCGAUAUUCUUAUAUCGUCAGACUGCUCCAGAUUUCAAGGAUAGAGUGAAAGAUCUGGAGCAGAAAAUCUUGCAUCCAGACAGAGAAUCUAAGUUACAUGCCAGUCAUCAUAGGUAUGGAAUAGAUGAAGAAUUUUCUGGACGAAUAAAAAAUAUUGAACACAAAUUGAAGGGUUCUGGAUUGCCAGAAAAAAAACCGAGAGAUCUUUUACGUGCUAUUGGUAAGAUUGAAAAAACCGAUUGGAAUAUUAAGGAAAUAGAAAGAAAAAUAGAAGAAAACAAAAUGGGCCAUGGAGUACGACAUGACAAAGUAGAACGAGUACCGAAAUGGAGUCGAGAACAGAUCUCUAUAUGCUUUAUUCAGUUUUUAGCUCGACAAAUUAAAAUGGAGAAGAAGGGGCAUGAUGCAAAAGACGCAGAUAGUAAGUAUGCGGAAAUUGACAAUACCCUUAAAAAUAUUGACAAGAAGAUUAAAGAGGGUAAUGUACUAGGACACAAUAAAGUCUCAGCUAUGGCUGAGCAAUUUUCAAGUAAAACACAGGAUACAGAACUCAAAGUGCAGAAAUCGAAUAAUAAAACGCCUCUGACGUUACCUGCCCAAGGAGGUUCAGAAAUGUGUCAUUUUUGCAAUAAAAGGGUUUAUUUGAUGGAAAGGUUGAGUGCAGAAGGCAAAUAUUUUCAUAGAGGUUGUUUCCGUUGUGAAUAUUGUUCAACUUCAUUAAGAAUAGGAAAUCAUACAUAUGAUAGACUAAAGAAUGGUGGACGAUUCUAUUGCACACAACAUUUUGGUCUUCCAGGUACUAUGAAAGGUAGAAUUGAAAAGAAGAAAUCUACAGUAAAUAAAGAAAAUAUAGCACAUACGUCUGCUGAUGCAGUAGUUCCAGAAAAGAUUAAUAUACAAACGGAAGGAGUCGUAGGACUUGACUUGCUUGAUCGCGGUCAAACGCCAGAAAGAAUUGAAUUUGAAAAUUUAGCUAGAGUAUCAGAUACAGAAGAAGCACACAGUCAAAUGGACGAAGACGAAUGGACGGAUAGAAAUUUUGGUGCUUCUGCCGCAGAGAUGGGUUCCAGUGAUGAUAUUUCUGAUAUGAGUGAUUCGGAUGACGAUAAUGAAGUUUUUGAAGAAGCAAUAGACCAGCCAUUGACUACAGAGGGGACUUUAGAAUUAGCUAAAAAUUGGACACUUCGUUAUUCCAAUUCUCAAAAUGCAACUGGACAAUCUGAUACAGGAAGUAACGAAUAUGAAGAUUCUAGUGAUGAAUAUACUAGUGAAGAAGACGAAAGCAGUACUGCGACAGAAGAAGAUGAAGAUGAUGCACGUGCUCGAGAAUUACGAAAGCAGGAGGUCUGGUUGCCAGUUCCUCCAAUGAGUUCUGACACAGAUACCGGUUCAGAAACAGAGGUUGCUUCCGACGAUGGAUCGACAGAAGAAAGUGAAGAAAAUUCAGCCACAGAAAUAUCUACAGAUUCUGAAUUCGAACACGACGGAGUUACACCAACACAACAUGAAAUUCCAGAAAUUACAAUUAAUGAUGCAUACGUUCGAAAGACUAGGGGUAAUUAUGUGGAACCUAAGAAAGUACAAGUGAAAAGUAAAAUAAUAUCAUCGAUUAAUGGGAAGUUUAAACAAGAAAACGAAACAGAAGGUAAAGUUGAAUUGAAAGAUUUAACUCCUACUAAAAAAACAAUACAACAAGAAAUUAAAACUGAAUCAAAAUCUCCAAUGCUUGGAUCUAGUUUCAACACAAACAAUCUGUCACCAUUAAUUAAUCCACGGAAAGGUGACUACCUAUUAAAUCGCACUCAUUCUACAGAGGGAAUUGCAUCUAAAUUGUCUUUAGAACUCAAAAAAAGAUAUUUGCUAGGUGGACCAGCUCUUGCUGGCUCCGUUAUGAAGUCAGGUUCUACUUCAAAUGUAGAUACGAAAUUAAGAAGUCUCACAGAUGCUAUUUCUCAGCAUCAGAAACUUUUAAAUCCAGCUCCUGAACCAAGUCCAACAAUGCAAGCAUUUUUACAAGGCACAAGCAAAUUGCACUUAAGUAAUACUCAACUUUCUCCAUUAUCACCUACUAUGUUAUUUUCCGGUCAAUCUGUCAAGCCACUAUCUGUUAAUCUAGUUUCAAAAAGUAAUCCAAAUAAUACUACUAACGAAAAUAAAGCUACUAGUGGAAUAUCAGAUGAAUCUAAGAUACAUCUUCCAGAUUUGGUAACAGAAACAAGUAUUUUAAAAUCCAGAACUGCUCCGAACGUUAGUGAAUCUAUGAAAGAUAUUGAGAAAAAACAAACUGAAGAAAAAAUUUCUCUUAAUAAAACUAAUGAUACUAAUACCAAAUCUUUGAUAUCAGAAAAUGUUAAUAUCCAAAAUACAGAGAAAAUUGUUCAUACGAGUUUAGAUGAAAAUAUUAGUUGCCGGCCUCGUAGUCCAUUGCAUGAAACAUCAAUUAUUGUUCCUGAAGUACAUUGGGCUAAAAACAAAGAAGAGUUGAAAGAAGCGGACAGUUCGGAAGAUUCAGAAAUCGAUAGCGAUUCUUUAUCUUUAAGUGAUGUUGAAAUAGAGGAAGAUAAAAAGCGAGAACAAUUACUUACUACAAACUUAUCUCCGCCAAGGCUUCAAAUUCAUAGCACUGAUGGAGAUCUUUUGUUGGAUGAAGGUAAUGAUAAGAAUAAAGUAUUAGAUAUUUGUUCAACAUUUGAACCAGAUUCUAUUGAAUGUUCAUUCUUACGAGAUGAGCAACCAAAUAAUGAACAAAUUGCUGCACACUUAGUACAAUCAUCUUUAAAUAAUGAAAAAUUAAUUGAAGUUUUAAAUAAUAAAAUAGAGGAAUGUGAUCUACAUGAUAAUAAUAAACAAAGGAGUAUAAGCAGUUGUAGUAGUUCCGCAUCAGUAGCAUCUGCUAUAUCUAAUAAACAAGAUGAUUCAGAGGAAAACGAUGUAACUACGACAGCUGCUCUUACUGAAACAGAAUUUUCAGAAUGGGCUCGUGAUGGUCAAGAUUUAGUUUCUUACGAUUUGCAAGAUACUGAUUUUGAUAUAAAUCCUGAAUUUAUAACUAAAAGAAAAACCUCAAAUCUAUUUCCUGGAAAAUCAUCUGUGUAUAAUUCAAUGAUGAAAAAAGAAAAUCCAGAUGAUACACAAGCGUAUACUUACAGAUCAGAAAGAAGAACAGAAUUUCCAUCUAAUAAUACUUCUGAACUUCUUGCUAAUGGAGAGAACAUUGAUUAUAUGGAUACAGACAAUGAAUCUCUCUUAGAUGAUAGUCUGCAAGAUGCAACUAAUAUGGCAUUACUUAAGAACAGAGGAUAUGUUGAAUUUGUAAAUAUUAAAACCAUUACUUCCUUAAGAAGUAAUAUGACAAACGAUGCGCCAAUAGCAACAUUAGAAUGUGAAAACGAUAUUUGUUCAGAAGAGGAAAUCCUUAAUAAUGAGAAUAUCAUUGAAAUCAAUCCUGUAACUAUGGAUGAUGUUAUGAAUAAAUUAAAUGGUGCUACAAAUUCUGUGGAUACUAAAAUUCAAGAAAGUUCAAUAUUUAAUAAUGCAGAGUCAAAAACUAUCCAAGAGGCACCAACUAUUUCAGAAACAAUUAACAAUGAUUCAUUGCAAUCUAUGGAUGAAGAUAGUCUGUUAAUAGUUGAACCUGCUGAAGAUACAACUACCAGUGAGGUUAUUACAAUUCUCGCUAGCCCUGUUAAUCCACAAAAAUCUAUUGUGCCUAAAGAAGAAGUACAUGAGCAAAUACAACAAGGAAAAGCUCUCGCAGACUCGAGUAACCCAGAUUAUUUAGAAUAUGUAAAACGUCUCCAAUCAAGAAUUGCUGAAUUUAGUAAUGCUAAAGAUUCGAUAGAUGUCCGAAAAUCUAAAAGAAAGAAUUCUAAAAACUUGGUAGCACAAACUCGAACAGCGGAAUUAAUAGCAGAAGAGAUUAGAAAUCAAGAGUCAUUUAAUAAUAAUAAUAAUCUUAAUUCUCCGGCCACUUCUCGUAAAUUAGAAGAAAUUACAAGAGAAAGAUCUAAGCAAAAAAAUGUCAUUGAAGAUUUGUUAAUGGACAAAUUGGUUGCACAUAAACAAAAGUCUGCAGAAAAGAAAGCCAGAAGAGCAGCAAGGGCUUCUUCUUUUAGUUCUAUACUAUCUCCAGCGAAACUUUCUACUAACAUUGCUUCUACUAUUACUACCACUGCUGCUAUAGCUGAUAAUACAUCUGCAACUAAAUUCGUGCCAACAUCUUUAGAAACACAAAUUUGUAAUACCACUCAUAAUAUGACGUUUGCUGAUGCAAAAAAACUAUUGCAGGCAGAGCAGUCACUACCUCUCGAUUCUAGUGUAUCUCAGCAAACAGAAAAUAAUGAAAGUACUUCUUAUGCAAAAACAACAAAUCAAACCGAAGAAUCUGAAGUGGAUAAAGAUUUUAAAACUCCUAUUGCACCACCUAGAUUCAAACAUGAAGAGGCCAAAAGAACAACUGAAAAAGCACGACAAGAUGCGAGAGAAAGGGCUAGAUUGAAAAGUGAUGAAGAUCUAGGAUUAAGUCCUGAGGAUAAAAUCAAGGAAUUAAAAAUGAAGUUUGCACGUCGACAACAUUCGGUCGAAGAAAGAAGAAAAACAGAAGAUAUGGCAUCACCUGAAAUUAAAAGCAGGUCUUUUAGCUUCACUAUAAAUAAACCAGGAUUGAAGCUUCAAACAAGUAAAAGUACUGAUAAUAUGAAAGCAAUAACAAAAAAAAUGAAUCUUAAAGAUGUAUCUACCAUAAGUGCAAAAUCAAUGGACGAAUUAUCAAAACAAACGAAUUCGUCAAAUUCUGAUAACGUAACCAGUGGAAUAAAAGAAGAUGCGAAAAAAACGAAGGAUCCAGAAAGACGAAAAAGUAUUAUUCAGGCAGUUUCUGACUUCUUCUUCAAAAAGGAACCGUCGGUCUCUCCACAAAAGGACAAGCUAUCGAUGUUCCGCCUUUCAUCAAAAUCUAAAGGCAAAUUAUAUAAAUCAUAUUCGGAUGGGUCAGAUAUUGAUAAAGUGGAUUCUACAAAAUUAAAGACACGGCCCAAGAGUGUUUGUGAAAGUAUGCUUAUAGGAAACUACCUCAAUGAAAAUCCUCCAGCUAUUCCUCCACCACCUCAAGAUUAUACCAAUGUUACAACACAUAUUUCAGAUGAUAGUUUAUCAGAAGAUGAUACAAAGACUACAGCUUUAUCUACGUCCCAAGUGCAAAAAGCUACUGUUACGGAAGGAUCUUGUAAUAGUAUUUCACGUAAAACAAAAACAAUGAGAAAAUUAACGCGACAGGCACAAUUGAAACGAUUGAGAAUGGCACAGGAAAUACAAAGAAAAUUAGAGGAAACAGAAGUAAAGCAAAGAGAAUUGGAAAGUCGGGGUGUUAGUGUUGAAAAAGCACUUCGUGGAGAAGGAGAUUGUUCAGAUAGAGAAGAAGCAGAUUUGUUAAGGGAAUGGUUUGACUUGAUGAAAGAACGUACAGAACUACGCAGAUAUGAAAAAGAACUUCUGGUACGUGCACAAGAAGUACAAUUGGAAGAUCGUCACGAAAGAUUGCAGCAAGAGUUACGUGAACGUUUAGCUGAUGAUGAUGAAAAAAAGACUAGCGCUGAUGUUGAAAAGGAAGGAGAAAUAUUGACCGAAAUGUUAGAGAUUGUUGAAAAACGAGAUACACUUAUAGCUCUAUUAGAAGAAGAACGACAGAGGUAUCAGGAUGAAGAUCGUGAUCUUGAAGCUCAGAUGUUGGCUAAGGGCCUCAGAUUAAUACCAAUGAAAAAAGUGGGUUCUAAAUAUUCAGUUUAAUAUAGGAAUUGCACUCUGUAUACAAAUUCCGCUUUACUUUUUCUAUAAAUUAAAUUUAAUUGAAAAAUGUAUUAUAAAAUUGUAGGUAACUUAUAAAUAUGGACAGUCAAAUAUUAUUUUAUUUUUGCUUCAAUAUUUUUCAUUUUAAAUUCAAUGCAGAUACUCUUUAAACGCAUUGCAUAUUCUUCAAGUAUUCAUACAAUAUAGUAUUUUACACUAAUGAUACGCUUAAUAUGCAAUUAGUACAUAAUGAUAUCAAAUAAUUGAAAUUUUUUAAGAUUAAGGUUUGGCUCAUCUCCUCUUCGAUAUAGAAAAUAAAAACAAACGAAAUGUUGUAUGUUACAAAUAAUACACAAGUGCAAUGAAAUAUAAAUGAUUCUCUGAAAUAUAUUAAAUAUAAUUCGGCACACUUGAAAUUAGAAUUAUAAAGCGUUACUCAAUGAAAGAGAUCAUAAUGCGUACCAAGAAGUGUGUAUGUAUAAAUAUAAACAGAAAGCUCUGUAUACAAGUCUCAGGGCAUACUUCAUAGAAAACAAAGUUUGGUGUAUACAUAAAAUAUCUUCGAAUAAUUCACUAUAAAAAUAUCUUAUUCUUUUA